AUGGAACUCAACCGAGAAUAUUUUCGCGCUAUAAUUUAUUACAACUUUCAGAGACAAUUAUCGCAACAAGAAUGCCUUGCUGAGUUACUGUCUGUUUUCGGCAACGAAGCACCACAUCAGUCGACAAUUUCCCGUUGGCAUGGAGAAUUCAAACGUGGGCGGGUGAGUCUUACCGACGAUCCCAGGGUGGGUGCACCAAAAACGGCAGUCGCCCAGGAAAACGUCGAUGCUGUGCGCAAACUCAUCAUUGAAGAUAGGCAUGCGUCCUUGAAGAUCUCAAAGACCUCAAUUCAAAAAAUUUUACAUGAAGAAUUAGGAGUAAGAAAAUUAAUUUCUCGUUGGAUACCCCACCUGUUGACUGAAGAGCAGAAAGCAGCCAGGGUUAAUUGCAUUGUUGGUGAUGAUGAAUCGUGGAUUUACUGUUAUGAACCAGAAAAUAAACGACAGUUGGCUGUUUGGGUGUUCCAAUGUGAAGAAAAGCCAACAAAAGUCAUCCGUUCUCGUGUUUCGAAAAAGAUGGUCGCGACAUUUGUAUCAAAAGCGGUUCAUAUUGCAACAAUUCCUCUUAAUGAGCAAAGAACUGUUACUGCGGAUUGGUAUAGCACCAUUUGUUUGCCAAAAGUCAUCACCGAGCUGCGAAAAAUCAACCCCGAAAGAAGAAUCAUCCUCCACCCAGACAAUGCAAGGUCGCACACAACCCAAAAAACAAGGCAGUAUUUAACGGAAGAAAACGUGGAGUUAUUGGACUAUCCUCCAUAUAGUCCCGAUCUAAGUCCUAAUGAUUUCUUUACUUUCCCGAAAAUUAAAAACAGACUGCGUGGUCAAAGGUUCCAGUCACCAGAAGAAGCAGUUGACGCAUUCAAAAAUGCCGUUUUGGAUCUGCCAGCAAACGAGCUUCGAAAAUUGGUUCGAGCGCAUGCAGAUGCUAUCCGCAAAUUGGAGACUGUGUGUGGUGUUAGUCGACGUACUGUCCAACGGAGUCUAAAGGCUCAUAGUUUUCAUCCGUAUAAAAUUCACCUGGUACAAGAACUUAAUGAAGACGAUUUUGAUCGGCGAUUACAAUUUUAUGAAGAUAUGAUAAAUCGUCAUAACUGCCGAUAUUGGUUCGAUUCUAAUCCCAGAAUUUAUCAUGAGGUUCAUACACAGCAGCCACAAAAAUUAAAUGUUUGGGCUAACACCAUAGAUCCUGCAUUAACAGCCAUAAUUGAAAAUCAGAAUGAUCGGCGGUACAUUGCGAAUAGGUUGAUAUUCCAACAGGAUGGUGCCCCACCACAUUACGCAUUACGUGUUCGAAAAUAUUUAGAUCAGACGUUUCCAGAUCGAUGGAUUGGUAGAAGAGGUGCCAUUGAAUGGCCCCCAAGAUCGCCAGAUUUAUCACCUUUGGAUUUCUUUAUGUGGGGUGAUUUAAAAGGCAAAAUCUAUGCUACUCAGCCAACAUCAUUAGAAGACCUGCGACAAAGAAUUGUGAACGAGUGCCUUCAAAUUACUCCUCAAAUAUUGCAAAAUGUGCGGCAACGUUUUGAGCAAAAUCUUUAUUAUUGCAUGGAGAGUCAUGGAGGCCAUUUUCAACAUUUACUUGCCUAA